CUCUCUCUUUCUCAAACGCUCCUUCUGCACUGCCCCAUCAUCUUCUCUUCUUUUCUUUAUCCCACGCCAUCUCUUUUCUUUCUAUGUGUCUGAUAUCAAAAAACACUUUCUAACAUCGCUUACGGCUUAACAACACUUCCUCAUACCAUAAUGUCGACCGCCCAACGACAAAACCCAUUCGAUGUGCACGAGAUCAGGAAAGUGCUCAUCAAAGCACUCGAUGCCAAUACAGCCGUUGCCUGCAGUCAACUCUCGACAGCCUGGGCAGUCGAUAUAGCAGCUCAUUUAUGGCAUACAGUGGACCUGAAGGAACAUCCAAAGAUGAGUGAGUUGGACCUGGAUUACGUCUCCAGGAACGGACGCCAUGUGCGAAUCGCAAAGAACAUUCUAAAGCGAUCGCAGCUAGAUAUUUUUAUGGAUCCCAGCGUCCAAUACCUUGAAUGCUUAACAAUGCGUAUUAAACCCAAGAAGGGCUAUCAGCAUCAGGCAGUUGAGCUCAUUCACCGAAAUGUCCAAACACUCAAGACAUUAGAGCUCUGGGGUACUGACGAUCAAGAUGAUCCAACAGACUUCAAUAUCGAAACGCUUGUUUCGGAGCCAUCAACAACAGCAUCUCCAUCACCGGCACAAGAAGGAGGACAGCCCUCCGACUCUUCCUCUACUUCCCUAUCGAUCUCUUCACCGUCUACGGUGACUCAGCUCUUGAUUACCCGGUUGACAAUCAAGAACUUCACAAUGCGUCGGGGAUUAUUCGAGGGAUUACUCAAGGGUUGCCCUCAUCUCAAGGAUAUUGAGGUCCGAAGACUAAUUUUCAAGGAUCAAGACACCUCAGAGCUGCAGUUCAGGCAUGAAAGUGUGUCGAGACUAGCCUCCGCUAUCGAGCAAGUCUUUAACGUGGGUUCCGAACGAGCUAAGGUUCCCUUCCUGGCUUAUUUCCCCAACUUAGAGUACUGGGAUACUUGGAGUUCUAAAUACACUCUCGAUAGCCCAACGUCCGAAGAGAUCAAAACUGCGGUUCAGGAGUAUUGUCCUAAAGUGAGAGAGUAUCUCUUGAGUGAUUCGUCAAAUACGAUCCUGGAACCCUUAUUGUCUCAGACAGCGGUCGAGCCUAGUUUGGUCUGUUUCCGCUAUAAAAUUAUAACUCCAUCGAUCAUUCUAGGAUGUGUGCUUCAUAAGGCAACACUGACGACAAUCCGAACCUGUGAUUCAAAUACAGGCGAUUGGGCUUAUAAAGAGGAUGCAAUCUUGGGACAACCUGAUCCAUUUGAGGAUGCAUGGAUGGUUCAUUUGGUGAUGUCAAAUUGUAGCAAGCUGACUCAUGUGAUUUUGCCAGAACAUGAAAUGGAGAUGCAGAUGAUUGAACAUUUCCCAUGGACCUGUAUGGAUUUACAAGAGUUACGAAUUCGAGUAAAGGGUCUUAAUACCAAGGCGUGGAUUUUGAAGGCAAUCAAAAAGUGGUCCAAGGCUUAUUAUGCGAAAAAUAAUGCGUCACUAUCAGAAGUACCAACACUGGAAUCUGAAAAAAAUAAACUUGUGGAGGAUGCAAAGGAUAAAGGACACAAAGAAGCGGAUAUUAUACAAGAAGCAACUACAACGACAGGCUCUAUUACAUCUUCUGCAUCACAAGAGCAAGUUCCUGAAGCAACAACUGUUACCAGCAUAGAAAAUGAAUCAGCACCAGCACCAACGACAAUCACGGUUGAGUCACAGACUACCAGCGAUACUGCUUCGACUCCAGCUGAGACAGCUCAAGCAGAAGCACAGGUGGUGACCAAUGACCCAGUGCCAGCUGUGGCAGAGGCAGUUUCCAUUCCAACAGAUACAAAUCCUGCCACAGUAAAUAACGCGGCUCCAGAUGAAGAGCAAACACAGGUCAUAUCGCCGGAAGAAGCGGCUCAGAUUGCAGAAGCUGCAGCGGAACUAGAGGCGGAUGCAGAGGCUGCAGCCAAUGAGGAAGAAGUUGAGGAAGAAGAGCAAGCAAGAGAAGAAUUGACAGAAGAAGAGCGCGAAGCAAUAGAAGAUGCGAGGAAGGAGGUGCUAAUUGAUCAGGUUGUGGAACAUCUUCUGAAGUUUGAGAAGCUUAAGACACUCUCACUUGGUUACGGGAUCUGGCGCGUUUAACAAAAGCUUUUCGUAGGCACUUGGAGACACUGACGUUGAAAUGCAUAAAACAAACUUGCUAAGAAAAGAAUACGUGAAUUUUU